GGACAUUCAAUUAAUGCAACUAUACUGCAAUGUUCAUCCAUUGGAAACUAUUGCCUUAAAAGCAUUAUUAGCUCUUAAAACAAUAGAUAAUGAGUUGAAUAUAAAACCAGCUAAAGGAACUGAUGGGGUUGCAGUAACAGUCCUCAAAAAUAUUUCUAAGCUAAGGUAUAGUUUUAAAGCCGAUCCUGCAGCAUUCAAAAGCUAUCUUAAAAAAAACAAUGUUGCUCCAGGGCUAUUCCUUAGAUAUGUUGGUAGUAGAUUUCAUGUUUUGUUCCAUAUGGCAGGGAUUGUUGUUACAUACGAAAGACUUAUAAAAACCUUUCUUGAAAACAACACCAAAAAUAAAAUUUGCCAACUCUUACUUCAAGAUAUGAGUAAUGAUAUAACGCUUGUGCAACUGCAAGGGUUGGGCCUGAUAGGAAAAAUAAUAACUGGGCCAUGGAUGAGUCUGGUUUAUAAAAAUGCAACAGGAAAGAGUAAUCUUGAGUUUGGUGACAUUUUCCAGAAAGCAAUAAGGAAAUUAGCUUACUUCAAAAGUAAUCCAGAAUCAAUUCUUUAUACAGAUGUGGAUAUUUUUAGUCAAGUAUUAAAUAUCAAAAAAGAUAAGAUACACCAAUCCCUUCGUGUAAUAAAAAAUAAAAAUAUUUUGGUAAAGAUUUUAUCAGCUUUAAUAAACUACACAGAGACAGUUCUCAAAAGACAGAUGGCCAGGUAUUUGACUGGCAAUCUCUCAAAUCCAUCUAAAGAAAUGAUGAAAACCACACUAUCUGCUCCACCUCAUACAAUGGAGGCUGAAAGGAUCUUGGGCAUGCUUGAUUUUUUUUUGCGUCGUGCUCCUAAUGCUACUUUUGGUUUUCUGGAUUCUAAAAUAAAAGCCAGGGUAAACAAAACAUUAACAUGGCUUGAUGAGAAAACAUUGCCAGAACAAGAAGAUCUUAUUCAAUUUGUAAUUCGCAGAGGAGCUUUAACGUGUCAAGCCUCUAAAAAUUUUAAUAAUCUUUUGUAUGAAGAAAUAGGAAAAAGAUGCGCCAAAGCUAAUUCAAAAAAAGAGCGUCUGGAAAGAAAGCGACUAGAGAAGGAUAUUAAAAGAGCAAUAGCUGAAAAUGCCAAAACCACAAAUCCUCUUUUUGUUAAUAUUGAUGAAAAACAAAAACGAAUUUUAAGAGUAAUUUUGAAAAAUGGAAACUUGAUAGGGCAGCUCUUAAGCCAUAAAUGGGAGCUAGAUGAUGGUAAUAUACAUUUAUUUUUUGGUAGAAUUGUUGAUCAAAAGGUAGCAACAAAAAAAAAUCUUUUACAUACACAAUAGGAUAUUGGAAAGUCAAUGAAGAUGAAGCUGAAGAUAUUGACAUAAGCCAGGAAGGAGUUAUAGCAGAUCUAAUACUUAAAGACUUGGAGUUCAUUUAAAAAUUACUAUAAUAUAUUAGGCAUUAUUAUCUUUUA